AUGGGUCGUGAUAUGAAAGGAAAUAUCGCCAUGACUAAGGCGCUUCCCCUGCCGCCUCCUCUCGUCCCAGUUCCCGACGAUGCCGCCCUUCCCGGCGAUGAGUUAUGCUCGGCUUGUGCCGCAUUAAAACUAACGGUCCGGCGCUUCGUCGUCUUCCCCGACGAUCCCGAAUACCAGAAGUGGACAGAAAGAGUCACCAAGCCCGUAUAUCACGCCUCUAUCGCCGAUAUUCGGGGCCGUACUAACUGUCCUCUGUGCCGACUGCUUCUCGUAGCGCUUGGCAGCGAACGCGUCCCCAAUGUCGACCGUCGCAACCGAGAUGUGCAUGUCGGUAUUAGCUGGGGCGCUGACGGGCACGCGCCGUCGCUCGACGAACGAUGGGCCACGCUCAGUGACAUUCGUUCUAUAUGGCCUGAACUUAUCGUCGAGGGCGGCAAUCCUGCCGACAUCGACAUCGAGACGGUGAACAUUUUCCCGCGGAUCACCCUACUACUUAACGAUGCGCCAGCCGACACACCUCCCGCCGCCUUCCCCUUCCUCCCACGCCCAGUGCGCCGCGACUAUAUCGACUUCGACCUCGUGCGCUACUGGUUAGCCAUAUGUGAGACGCGCCAUCGUCGGGUAUGCCAGUCCAAGCGCAUCAUGCGCGAGAUGGACUGGGGCUCGCCUGUGAUAGCCGUUCCAGACUUUCGCUGCAUUGAUCUCGAGCAGGACUGCCUUGUGCAUAUCCGCAGCGCGGACUCUGACCUGCGGUAUGCUGCUCUUAGCUACGUCUGGGGCCAAGGUGGUACCGACGAGGACUUUUUCAAAACUCUGACUACGAAUGUCAUUGAACGCGAGACGCCCGGCUUCUUCGCCCGCAAGGAGAGCCAAGACCGCCUGCCGGCCACAAUCCGCGAUGCCAUGACGGUGGCACGGAGACUAGGCCUGCGGUAUAUCUGGGUUGAUAGCCUGUGCAUCGUGCAGGACGGCAAAGGCGAGGAUUGGCUUAAGGCCAUUCAGAACAUGGACUUAAUAUACGGCGCUGCCUACGUAGUCAUAUGUGCGGCAGGUAGCGCAAGUGCAUUCGAGGGCAUUAACGGUGUUGAGAAGAAGCGCGGAUCACGUAGUAAUGUGCGGAACAUAGAGCAGAUUGCUGACGGCUUUCGACUCGCCUAUUGCGGGGACAGUGACACUGAACUAGAGGACUUUCCAUAUUAUACCCGCGGGUGGACUUACCAGGAGCAGCAUUUCGGCAGCCGCGUCCUUAUAUUCACUGACCACUCCGUCAGUCUGCAAUGUCGUUGCGAGGUGAACUUUUCAGAGGACACAUUUGAGGAUACAACAGAGAUCAAAAAGCUGCCCAGGUCAUCCUUCGCAGGCAACGACAACGAUAUUGGCAAUAUUGUCGAAGGCCACAUUCAGAAUUAUUCAGAGCGCCACCUAACCAAAGCAACGGAUAUCUACCGUGCCUUUGCUGGCGUCGCGCGUCAAAUCCGCCGUAACUUAAAGUCGGAUCUAUGCCACGGCUUACCAGCGCGCUUCUUUGAUUGGUUUUUACUUUGGCAACCAGGAAAAGACGCUCCGCAGCGUCGGGCCGUCGCGCCGAGCUGGUCGUGGGCCGGGUGGCACGAUUCUGCAUGGUCGCGUAUCUGGGACUGGUAUACGCGCGACAUGAAGGUCGUGCGGCACGGUAUUAGGAAGCGCACUUGGAUCAUAUGGUAUCAACGUAAGGGACAUGAGUCGACGAGUUGUGAACUCGUAUGGAGACACCACAAGGAUGAUAAGGGGAGGGAGUUGAACUUUUACGGCGGGCCGAUGCGCAAGAAGGAGCGCUUUGCUCUUGCCAUUGAUUGUUCGACCACUGAGCCGACUGCCCGGACGCUGACGGGAGAUGGACUGCCGCAGUAUACGGAUGAUAUUCUUAGCGAAAACCCGGGGUCCGGACUUUUGCAGUUCUGGACCGUGUCAGCCACGUUCGAGCUGCGUCGGGUCGGGAAAGGCGACGAUGGCGUCUACGGGCAGCGAGUCCCGAGACAAGAGAUAGAAACUUCAUCCGAAUCCUCUGAUAACAAUAGCGAUGAUUAUAGCUCCGACUUUAACUCCAACGAAGACGAUAACGACGAAGAUUAUGAGUCUGAUUCUGACGAUGACAAUGAUGACGAUGACGAUGAUUAUGACUCUGAGUCUAGUAAUGAUGAAGAUGACGAUUUCGAUCCUGAUAAGCAACCCGGAAUUAAGCUCAUCAUAGCUGGACAGUCGGGCCUUGCACUCGGCCGCAUUUACGUGCCGACAAACUGGAGCGGGCUCUCCGAGCUCGAUGCGUCCAACGACAGUCCAUACCGACGCGAGUUCGUGGUUCUCUGCGAGGCUCGUGACGAGCGGGCGAAGAACUUUGACAUUGUUGAAGAGGAUGGCGGAUGGCGCUAUCGCGUUAUGUUGGUAGAUUCCAAGUGCGGUGGGCAGUACUUUGAGAAGGUAUCGGUCGGGUCUAUUGGCUUAGGAGACUUGAAUGAGGCGGUUGGAGGACUGGCUUGGAAAGAGUUCAUUCUCGGGUAA